AUGGAGGGACUUGCUGAGUCUUUUGCAGCCAAUUUCACCGUUUCUUUUGAACCAAACGAUACUGCAGCCCCUCAUCCGAGGUACAUUGCAUGUUUAUUUAAAGAUGACUUUAAUAAACGAUCUUUUAGGCUGGUGUUCAUACCGUUUGUUGAUAAAAAUAAUUAUAAUCUGUGGAUUGAUCAUCAUGAAAGGUUGAUGUAUGAUGUUUUAAGCCCAAGCUUUAAGAUAAUUCGCUGUUUUCUUCUUUUACCCCACCAACUGAGGGCUUUUCUCUCAAGAUUCUUAAGGACAAAUGUACCUGGGAGGCAGCCACGGUGCUCUUGAAAUUGAUUGAUACACAACAUGUUAUGACAAUCAUUUCAUUUGUGAUUUGUUAUUUCUUUGUAGGAUGGUCCAAUAUAAAGUUAAGCCCAGUAAUACUCCAGAUCAGUAUUUACGAAGACAAAGAGUGCUUGAGGAGCAGAAGAAGUAGAGAAACUAUUCCACAGCUAAAUUACUUUAUAUCAACGAAAGAUAAUUCAGACCUUCCAGUAUGCAGAGGAGUUACACCGUAUUUGUGACCUUGAUUGCAGUUUUAAAGGUUUACAGUUGAGAGCGCAAGUCGCCUUUGUUUACUAUAAAUUCGAAUAUGUACAAACCAUCAUGCAAUCAUGUGACAAACCUGGUUACUAAUUAUUAUCCAGUGCUUUGGAAAACAGUUGAAGAGAAUGACUGCGGACGAAUAGCAGCGACCAUUAUAUAACCUUUUUCUUCUCAGCACUUCAUGUGUCUUUUGUUUUCUUUUCGGCACUUUGUGUCGCUCUUUGGGUUAUAGCCUGGGUAGCAGGUGCUUAGAAGUAGUGGGCACAAGAAAGAACGGGUGGGUGAGAUGGAGCAGGGGAGAGGGAAUGCCUACCCAGAAGGCCCAUGAAAAAUCGUUUCCCACCCCCGAUCUAAUUACCUGGCAGCCGCUGCAUGAUGUGUCAAAAAGUUUGACAAAAAACGACUGACCUCACACAAACAAAGCCUGCAGCCAAAAAGCAUUGUACAUUUUAUCCUCAGUCUAAAUAUAUCUGUUUAAAGAUCAGCUGGAUCAUCUGAUUAUAGAGCGAUGGAACAAUUAAACAUUACUGAUGAUUAACACACUGUUUUAAAUUAUUGUUUUUAACCACGAGCACAAUAGGAAAGAACAAAGUCAAAAAUGGUCAUCUUUUAAAGAAUACGUGCUUUGUAUUAUAAAAGUUGAUUAUUAUUCUUUGACCUUACGUAGUCACAACUGUACAGACACCAACAAUCACAGUAUUCAUGGAAAAUGACCAUUGCUUUUACUGCUCUAAGUGGCAGCCAUUUUUGGAGCAGGCAUAUCUUACCAAGCGGAUCUAAACUCCAGAACACAUGCAAACUGUAGGGAGACAUUUUCUGCUGCAGUAACAAGACAUAAACAGGAGACCUCAGGUCGCCUCCGAAGGAAUAAUACAAUAGUGAAAGGUUUUUCAAAUUCAUGCCCCUGGUAAGUGUUUCAUUUCAUCAAUCCUGUCCAAGUUUUGAUGGUAUGCAUUCCAUCAACAACACAAGCCGCCAAGUUCUCCUGAGCAAAGAAUAUUUCUUCUGAUCUUCAUUGCAACAAUUCGACAAAUCUUUUUCUCUUGCCACUUCUGCUAAUGCGUAUCUGAUGUCAAUUUUUUCCUUCAUGAAUACUGUUUGAGCACUCCAACUUUUCUUUGAGAUUAUGGCCACAUAGUCCCAUUAAACUAGAUUAAAGUGACCUCCAAGACCUCAACUUCGAUUAUACCAUUUAUUGGUUUCAGGAGCUGGUGGAGUAAUAUAAGACCUUCACUAUCUUGUCCAUGUACUAUUGAUGGACAGUUUUCUCGCCCUGAGCAGUUACUUUUUCCCUUGGUAGCCUCUCGACCAACUGGAAAUAUCCACACACAGAAUGUGAGUUGAAACGAUUUUAGUGGGCCUUCCAGGCAGGUACUCCCUCUUCCCUCAAGUGUCUCCCUCUCGUAUGCGUGUUCUUUCUUGCACCCACUACUUCCAAGCUCCUGCUACGCAGGGUAUUUGGGGGGAUAUUCAUUCCCAGCGAGCUUUUACCAGGUUUGUAACAUGAUCACAUGAUGGUUUGACCAGUCAAGUUCAUAUUUGACUGCAGUAAACAAAGGCAGUAUGGGCUAUCAAAUGUAAAAUUAACUGCAGUGAAGGUCACAAAUAACUGCUCUGCACCCUGUGUAGAAGCUGAUAGUUUUGCCCCGUAGUGAGUUAGUCCCCUCCUAGUUACAUGUAGUCCCAUCAGAAGUUUUGUUUGCCCCAUAGUGAAUUAACCUCCUGCCAGUUACCGCGGUAAAUUAAAGGUUUUUGAAAACCCAACCUGGUUAAAAGACUUUGAAAGGGUAAAAUUUAUGAGUGGCCAGACUAAAUCAAGACUUUCACUGAGUCCUUUAAAGUCAGAUGGUUUUCUUUUGUCUCUUGCUUGGGUCACUCAUAAUGCUUGUCAUGCACUAGCUUUAGUUUUUCUGGACAGGCAACAUGCAACAGCACAAUGUUACCCUCUGUUUUUGUAUUCUUGACCGACCUUGUAUAAUAUUUAGAUAUAAUUAUGUUGUAGUUAAUUUUUUUUAUAUCUCGGGUAAUUUUUUAUUUUUCUUUUGUUUCAACUUCAUUAGCAUACAUUACAACCCAAAAACAAAAGAAAAAUAAAAAUUACCUGAGAUAAAAAAUUAACUACAACAUAUUAUUGCACUAUAUCUGUGCUAAAUAUCAAAACACUUAAUAACAGGUCCUUUAGGUCCUUUGAAAAAUCCAUCCAUUUGUCACUCUCAUAUCUCACAGUUUGAGUGUUAAUUACCCCUAAAGGCCAGAAAGUACAAGUUAAUCACAAAAUCAUUUUAAGUUUUAAAUCAUCAUGUCAAUGCCCUGCAUGUUUUCUUGACAAAUUUGUCAUUCAAUCAUUUUUUCUGUAUAAACUGAAAAUUAUAAUAAUCUAUAGAUACUUUCUAGGCGUAGACAAGACUUUGUGAACUAUGCAAGGAAACUUGCUGAAGGGUCUUUAGAAGUUGAAGAUGUGGAGACAGAGGUAUUGAAAGGGGACAGACAGCAACAUUGUUGUUGCUUGAAAUAAUUAUCUUUAUGUUCUCACUGUUCAUCAGUAGGAUGCCUUAAAUCUCUGCAAUUCCACAACUGGUUUCAGCUCCGUUAAGUUACUUCUGUGUUGUUAUUUUUUUCAUUAACCUUAUUUUUGUCAUGUAACAAGAAGUUUGUUAACCUUUUUAAAAGGCUUUGAAAUUCAUUGCUUAUUGACUACCAGCCCCAUUCCUCAUAAUUAUUGUUACUUACAGUUUACCAACAAACUUACCAGGAGGAACAAAGUUUACAUCAGAAAGUUCAGGCAUAUAAAUGUUAUAUCUAAAAACAUAGAUUACGGGGCUGUGUGUAAGUCUUGCUGUAUUUUGUCAUCCUUACAUUAAUGCCUUUUAAUCAAAUUCUUUUUAGGAGAUGGAAACUGCAACAGAUGAAAGUGACUGCAAAAAGAAAAGGUUCAACCCAUAUGCAUAUCAGGUUCUUUUAUAGUUAUAUUUUUCACUGAUCUUUAUUUAUUUUUUUUUUUGGUGCAAUUUAAGUGUUUGGUGGAAACUAAAACUUGUAGUCAGUGACACAAGUUGCUCGGAAACUUGUUUGACAAUUUGUAACCCAAACAAACAUCUACAUAAUAUUAUAUGUAAGGUCAUUUAAUUUUUAUUGACAUACCAAUUCUGCCUGAAUUAAAGAGUAAGAACUGAAAAAUGUGGGAAACCUGGCAUUUAAUAUGGGCUCCUCUUUAUACACCAUCAAUAGAAGUCACCGAAUUAGAAGAGAAAUUAUUAAAUUUUUUAGAAUUAUAUGUAUGAAUGAGCAGACUGGGACACAGGGAGAAGAAAAGAGAAUCUAUAAUAUUAUUAUAACAUAACAAAAGUACAUGUAAAUUGUACACUCUGAUUGGUCUAUUACCCAUGUACUAUAACUAUUUUCCCAUGGGUGAAUGGUGACAAAAUCUAGUGCUUGCUCAAAGCUGUAAGCAUCACUUUCUACGUGACUCUAUUUUUUUACCCCUUAUAUAGUUCGCAAAGAUUUUUGUCUCAAUACUGAAAAAAAUUUUACAAAGAAUGUAAAAUAAUGUAAAAGGUUUUGUAAUCGACAUUGAGAGGGAAAACUACUUAUUCAGCAAAACAAUAUUUUUUGAAAGAAAGAAUUUGAAUGAAGGAUUUACACGCACCAUAGCGCGAGUAGAUGACAGAACUCAUGUCAUUCCUCUGCAAUCUGUAAGCAAAAUUAAAAGUUUUUCUCUUGGAUUAUGCUAUAAACAAAUGGUAAACAUGUAUUUACUAUUGAGUUAUAGUUGCACUUGGGAAGAUUGCUAAACACUCAAGAAGCUAGAGUUGCACUUGGCUAACGCCUCAAGUGACUCUUAUAAGUAUGCUCUUUCACGAUUAACAACCUCCUGCGUGCGACUAUGACUCAGUGCACAGUGAGCCAUUUUACCAUUUGUUAAUUAAUGCCUAGCUAACUCUGUUGGUUUGUCUUUUUUUACAAACUCCAUGCUUGCAUUUUAUUACCUAGUUCCUUUUUCUGCCUGCUCUGGUUAAGGUAGUCCAGUCAGAGUUAUUUGGUUUAUUAUUUGUUUCAUUUUAGUUGAUGUUAUCUGAGUGGCUGGUGGACAUUCCUGAGGACUUACAGGAAGAAUGGCUCAUGGUAGUCUGUCCAGUUGGCAAGAGGAAUCUCAUUAUAGCAUCAAAUGUAAGUCUCUCCUUCACCAACAUUCCAGGUGCGGCUUACAUUGUACUUGUCUCUAUUCUUGCUAAUUAUUUUAGUUGGUGAAAGUAUAAUGUAUGUCAAAACCAUACAGUGGAAUAUUGAUUUCUUGAAUCCCUGGUUGUUUCGAUAAUUUAAACCAAACACUGUAAUUUUUUCCUUAUUUCCAAGGGGGUUAAAAAAAUCAAGAUUCAACUAUACUUUUACUCUCUUUUAAUUAUCAGUCUAGAACUACGUCAGUAGCCAGCUUGCAGGUAUAGCUUGAUCAUUCAGGGUCUUGACAACUCUUUUGUGAGCAACCUGUAAUAUUGAAAUGUAUUCACAGUUGAGAAUACUUUUAUAGUCUAUUAAUCAAAGCUGUACUGUACUGUGUAAUUGUUGUGUUAAUCAAACAGGGGUAUACAGCUGCCUAUACCAAGAGUGGUUACCGUGUCAAUAAAUUCUCUUCAUUACUCCCAGGAGGAAGUCCCAAGACUCUCAAACCAGGAGGUACAUGUACAACACAGUCCACUGGACUUUAACAUAGCUCUCUUUACAAUUAUUUAGCACAAAGUAACUACAGGUAUCUACAAUCUAGCAGAGGUGUUGCUACACCCUCCCAAGUGAAAUUCAACAAGUGUACAUGUAGGACUAGUCAUAUACCCCAUGCAUUGCAUCCUUGUUGCUCAAGUACUUGUUCAAACACAUGUAGGUAUACCUGUGAGCACAGAGACAGAGUGACACUGAGAUUUUUGCCUUGAACGUUGUACCAGGGCUAGAAAACAAAAAACUGUUCUUAGAUAAUAUCAGUCUAUUUGUGUAUGGAUUAAACCUCAAUGCCAAUUGCAAGGAAGAGCAGAAGUGAGAGAAAUGAUCUAAUUAUCACUUUUCAUUGUAAUCUAUUUCAAGUGAGUGUGACAUUUGUAUUGCAUAUCAGUAUAAUAUUAUAUAUAUUGUAAUUUUUUUAAAUUACUAACAGUGAUUGAUUUUUGUGUUCAGACUACACAAUUCUGGAUUGUAUCUUUAAUGAACAGACAUUUACUUUUUACGUAUUGGAUGUGAUGUGUUGGAGAGGACAUCCUGUUUAUGACAGUGAGGUGAGUUGCACACUUGCCAGAAUAAGUAUUAUAAACUGUAUGAUGACAACUUCUGUGUAAAGAAUAAUUAGUCUUUCAAGAGCAUGUUCCUGUUUAAAUGAGCUUUGAAAGGACAAAAUCAGUGAACUUUUAAGGGUACAUAAAACAGAACAUAGGGAAUUUGCUACAAUAAACUGUCACUGCAAUCUUAUCAAAAUGUUCAAACAGUUACAUGUAUUAAUCAUAACCGUACCAAAAUUCUCAAAUCUGAUUGGCUAUCAACCAUCCUGAUUUCAGCACUAAUAGGACAGUGCAAUAGGACAGUAUCCCGUACGAUACAGAAGACGUUAAAACAGCGCUGCUUUAGCGACUUAUUAGUGCUGCAACGAGCGCUGCAGAAAGGUUGCACGAACGCUGUUUUCCGUUCGCUGCAGCAGUGCAUUUUUGUGACUGCGUGAACGCUGCGGUAGCGACACUGAGAGCUGCAGGAGCGCUGCCGUAAAGAUGCAAAAAAAUAGCCACACGAGGCCAUACGGUCGAUAAACAGCUUUUAUGCAGCGCUGUGCAGCGUUAGUGAAGCGCUGCCAAGAACAGUUGUACAAAAAAAAGAAAUGCAGACUUCAACAAUACAAUAAUCAUGAGACAUGGUAAAGGAGUUGACAAGAGGCCUUAUAGUAGCGGAGUAAAAACCACAAGAAAUACAAAAUGCAACUGAUACUUUAUUAGUAUUCACGCAUUACAUCGUUACAAAAGCAGGUGACAUAUAAAAAUCUCGACAGUCUCGCUUUGUAAAUAUUCAGCAAUCACGGUCACUCAUCUAAAUGUAAGAACAUCCAUUAACAUGCCGACAUUGAAGUUUAUCUUUUUUAAAAUAAAGAGAAUAAGAGCGAUUGUUCUACAUAAAGUUUGCACGGACAGCAGCCAAAUGAUGUUUUGAUUCGUUGCAACAGCCUAACAUUGCUCACCUUGACGUUUUUGUCCAUGAUCCACGAUCUGCCGUCACUGUUUUCAUGAAAGAAAUCAACCCAAUUUUACCUUGGUCGUCGUUAAAUUUACAAUGGACUAAGGAACGUACAUCAUCGUGAACGUUUGAAUCUUGUAAAUACAUGCGUACCCCAGCUCAGAUUCUUGUAUCUGUGUUGCUUGCUCUGGUUCGAUUAAAUCGGUACUUCGCGUAGAAUUCACUGAACAGUGCCGUUGUUUACAAAUACCUUUGAGCUGUUCCAUCCAAAAACAUCAACAGAACUUCCACCUCGAAACACUGAACUAGAUGCUAAACACUUACAAUGUAUGAAUGUUUGCUCCUUUCAUUCAACGGUCGCAAAUGUUUGUCCAGCGAUGUAAUGUGAUCUGAUGCAAAAGUGCCGACCAAUUAGAUUACAGCCUAGAAUGUCUCCAGGGGAUUAGCGAUAACAUUCCCACACUCUCCAGUCACGGAAUAAAAUUUAUUGAAAUCUUUAUUCCAAAAGCAUAGAAUUUGGAGGUUUAUUCAAUAAGUGAUCUUCCCUGUGUACAAGCUUACUCACAUUUCUUAGAGGUACAGUCAAAGUUUUCUCGUUAUGAAAGCCGUAAUCUGUGGCAAAAGGCUUUUCUGGCGGUUCAUGUUAUGAGCGCUCAAGAACGUUGUGCUAUCAGAUCCAGCGUAGCUGAAUUGUAGCAUUACUGCAGCUAUUGAAAGUCG